GUGCGAGGUUAGCUUUGGGCGCUGCGGAUCGCCGCGUGACACUGUGCAAACUCGAAGUCAGCCUUAGCGCUGUGUUCCCUUGCCCUUGGUGGGGGUCGGGACCCCCGGGGCGCGCUCUGCGGCUGGACCGAGCUGGACCGUAGAUCCAGGCUGGUGACAAGGGGUCUUCCUCGGAGGGGCCACAGAACCUUUUCAGCCCCGGCCGAUGCGGGUGCGUGGGCCGGCGUCAUUUCUCAGUGACAAGCAGAUGUUCAAGGAGCUGGUGAGCAAAGUACUGCACCUGCACUUCAGGGACUGCAAGACAAAAGUCAGUGGGGACGCACUGCAGCUCAUGGCGGAGUUCCUGAAGAUCUUCGUGGUAGCAGCUGUCCGUGGGGUGCAGCAGGCCCAGGCAGAGGACCUAGACAUCGUGGAUGUGGACCAGCUGGAGAAGGUGCUCCCUCAGCUGCUCCUGGACUUCUAGAGGUUGGCCUGUGGCCUGCAGAGUCUAGAACGAAGUCCCAUCAGCGUCGAUACCUCAUUCCCCAGUUCUCCAGCUUCCAGAGCACGGGAGGACACCAGGGGCUGUUACCCUCCCUAGCUAUCGCCUCUGGGGAUCCUUGUGAGACAGGUGCAGGGAAGGUGGGUCGCCUGCCCACACCACCCACCCCCACCAUCCCCAUUCAUUAUAAACAAAAGAGCGGCUGGCAGUGCCGCCUUCUUGCCCCCCUCCAUCAGAGCUGCUGUGUGGCUUUUAACCUGACCCCCCCACCCCCAGGAUGCCUCCCUGAGCUGUAAAUUUGUUCUUACAAAGCAACAUCAAUAAAUCAACACCAUCUCUCCAA